AUGAGACCUGAAGUUGAACAAGAGCUUUCGCACACCUUGUUGACUGAGCUUUUAGCUUAUCAGUUUGCAUCUCCAGUGAGAUGGAUCGAAACCCAAGAUGUGUUUUUGAAACAACACAACACCGAGAGGGUUAUUGAAAUCGGACCUUCGCCAACUUUGGCUGGUAUGGCCACUAGAACCAUCAAGUCCAAGUAUGAAAGUUACGAUGCUGCUUUGUCGUUACAACGUCAAGUGUUGUGCUACUCCAAGGACGCUAAGGAAAUCUACUACUUGGAGGAUGCCGCUGAACCUGCUCCAGCUCCUACCCCAGCUGCCGAGUCUGCUCCAGCUGCCGCCGCCGCUGCUGCCCCAGCUGCUGCUGCUGCUCCAGUUGCUGCUGCUCCAGUUGCCGCUGCUGCUCCAGCCGUUGCUGCUGCUGAAAUCCCAGACGAACCAGUUAAGGCUUCCCUUCUCUUACACGUACUCGUUGCCCAAAAACUUAAGAAGCCACUUGAAGCCAUCCCACUUUCCAAGACCAUCAAGGACCUUGUUGGUGGUAAAUCUACAGUCCAAAAUGAAAUUUUGGGUGACUUGGGUAAGGAAUUCGGUUCCACUCCCGAAAAGCCAGAAGAUACCCCAUUGGAAGAAUUGGCCGAGUCCUUCCAAGAUACCUUCUCAGGUGCCUUGGGUAAGACUUCUACCUCCUUGAUUGGUAGAUUAAUGUCCUCUAAGAUGCCUGGUGGAUUCUCUAUCACUGUCGCUAGAAAGCAUCUUGAAUCAAAAUUCGGUUUGGGUUCCGGUAGACAAGAUUCUAUUUUAUUAUUGGCUUUAACCAAUGAACCAGCUGCCAGAUUGGGAUCUGAAGCUGAUGCUAAGGAUUUCUUGGACACUUGUGCCAACAAGUACGCUGCAUCUGCUGGAAUUUCAUUGUCCGCGGCUGGUGCCGGUGCUGCUGGUGGUGCCGGUGCUGGUGGUGCUGUUAUUGACAGUGCCGCUCUUGACGCAUUAUCUGCUGAAAACAAGAAAUUGGCCAAGCAACAAUUAGAAUUAUUAGCCAGAUACUUGCAAAUUGACUUAAACACUGGUGCCAAGUCCUUUAUAAAGGAAAAGCAGGCCACUGCUGUCUUACAAAAGGAAAUUGACUUAUGGGAAGAAGAACAUGGUGAAUUCUACGCUAAGGGAAUCAAACCAUCUUUCUCUCCAUUGAAGUCUAGAACUUACGAUUCCUACUGGAAUUGGGCUAGACAAGAUGUCUUAUCUAUGUACUUCGAUAUCAUCUUUGGUAAGUUAACUUCUGUUGACCGUGAAACCAUCAGUCAAUGUAUCCAAAUUAUGAACAGAUCUAACCCAACUUUGGUCAAAUUCAUGCAAUACCACAUUGAUCAUGUUCCACAAGAAAAGGGUGAAACUUAUAAAUUGGCCAAAAAGUUGGGUCAGCAAUUAAUUGACAACUGUAAGCAAGUUGAUGGAGUUGAUCCAGUUUACAAGGAUGUCAGCAGAAUCACUGGUCCAUCUACCACUGUUGACAAGAAAGGUAAUAUUGUCUACAAGGAAGCCAACAAGGAUUCCGUUAGAAAAUUCGAGCAAUAUGUCUAUGAAAUGGCUCAAGGUGGUAAAUUAACCAGAAACCAACAACAAUUGGAGCCAACUAUCCAAGAAGACUUAACCAGAGUUUACAAGGCUAUCUCUAAGCAAGCUUCCUUAUCAAAGUCUACUAAAUUAGAAGUCCAAGAAUUGUACGAUCAAUUGAUCAAUUACGUUAACAAAUCUAAGGAAAUUGAAGUUGGAAAGCCAGCCACUAGUAUCCCAUUGGUUGCUAACACUGGUACCACUACUCCUACCGAAGAUACUUCCGAUUCAGCAGCUUCUGAGGAUGAUGAAAUUGCUUCUUUGCCAGACAGAACAUCAAUUUUACAACCUGUCUCUUCUACUGUUCCAGCCCAAACUAUUCCUUUCUUGAACUUGCAAAAGAAAACCAAGGAAGGUCACUGGUCUUACGAUCGUAACUUAUCUUCCGUUUACUUAGAUGGAUUGGAAACUGGUGCCGUCAACGGUUUGUCAUUCAAGGACAAGUACGUCUUAAUUACCGGUGCAGGUGCUGGAUCUAUUGGUGCUGAAAUUUUACAAGGUUUAAUUAGUGGUGGUGCUAAAGUUAUUGUUACCACUUCAAGAUUUUCUAAGAAGGUCACUGAAUACUACCAAACUAUGUACUCCAGAUAUGGUGCUACUGGUAGUACUUUGGUUGUAGUUCCAUUCAACCAAGGGUCUAAACAAGAUGUUGAAUCAUUAAUAGACUACAUCUACAAUGAUCCUAAGAAGGGUGGUUUAGGUUGGGACUUAGAUGUUAUUAUUCCAUUUGCCGCUAUCCCAGAAAACGGUAAUGGUAUUGAUAACAUUGAUUCGAAAUCUGAAUUGGCUCACAGAAUUAUGUUGACCAACUUGUUGAGAUUAUUAGGUAAGGUUAAGUCCAGAAAGACUUCAGACACUAGACCUGCUCAAUGUAUUUUACCAUUAUCUCCAAACCAUGGUACUUUUGGAUUUGAUGGUUUGUACUCUGAAUCUAAGAUUUCUUUAGAAACCUUAUUCAACAGAUGGUACUCUGAAGACUGGGGUACUAAGUUGACAGUUUGUGGUGCUAUUAUUGGUUGGACCAGAGGUACUGGUUUAAUGAGUGCCAAUAACAUCAUCGCAGAAGGUAUUGAAAAAUUAGGUGUUAGAACUUUCAGUCAAAAGGAAAUGGCCUUCAACAUUUUAGGUUUAUUGACCCCACAAAUUAUUCAAUUAUGUCAAGAAGAACCAGUUAUGGCUGAUUUGAAUGGUGGUUUACAAUUUAUCGACAACUUGAAGGAUUUCACUUCUAAGUUAAGAACUGAUUUAAUUGAGAACUCUGAAAUUAAGAGAGCUGUUGCAAUUGAAAACUCCAUUGAACAAAAGAUUGUUCAUGGUGAUCAAGUCGAUGCUAACUACGCUAAUGUUACCGUUCAACCAAGAUCAAACAUGAAGUUUGAAUUCCCAGCAUUGAAAACUUAUGAUCAAAUCAAGGCAAUUGCUCCAGAUUUGGAAGGAAUGUUAGAUUUGGAAAGAGUCAUCGUUGUUACUGGUUUUGCUGAAGUCGGUCCAUGGGGUAAUUCCAGAACCAGAUGGGAAAUGGAAGCAUUUGGUGAAUUCUCCUUGGAGGGUACCAUCGAAAUGGCCUGGAUUAUGGGUUUGAUUAAGUACCACAAUGGUAACUUGAAGGGUAAGCAAUACUCUGGUUGGGUUGAUGCUAAGACUCAACAACCAGUUGAAGACAAGGACAUUAAAGCCAAGUAUGAAGAAGAAAUCUUAGAUCACUCCGGUAUUAGAUUAAUCGAGCCUGAAUUAUUUGAUGGUUAUGAUCCAAAGAAGAAGCAAAUGAUUCAAGAAGUUAUCAUUGAACAUGACUUAGAAGCAUUUGAAACUUCGUUAGAAACUGCUGAGCAGUACAAGCACGAACAUGGUGACAAGUGUGAAAUCUUUGAAAUCCCUGAAACCGGUGAAUAUACCGUAAAGUUAUUGAAAGGUGCUACUUUGUUUGUUCCAAAGGCAUUGAAGUUCGACAGACUUGUUGCAGGUCAAAUCCCAACGGGUUGGAACGCUCGUGUUUACGGGAUCUCUGAAGAUACCAUCUCUCAAGUUGAUCCAAUCACGUUAUACGUUUUAGUUUCUACCGUUGAAGCAUUACUUUCUGCUGGUGUUACUGAUCCUUAUGAAUUUUACAAGUACGUGCACGUUUCUGAAGUUGGUAACUGUUCAGGUUCAGGUAUGGGAGGUGUCUCCGCCUUACGUGGAAUGUUCAAGGACAGAUACAAGGACAAGCCAGUUCAAAACGAUAUCUUACAAGAAUCUUUCAUCAACACCAUGUCUGCAUGGGUUAAUAUGUUGUUGUUAUCUUCUUCUGGUCCUAUUAAGACUCCAGUCGGUGCUUGUGCUACUUCUGUUGAAUCUGUUGAUAUUGGUAUUGAAACCAUUUUAUCAGGAAAAGCAAAGAUUUGUAUGGUCGGUGGUUACGAUGAUUUCCAAGAAGAAGGUUCAUACGAAUUCGCAAACAUGAAGGCUACUUCCAAUUCUUUAGAUGAAUUCAGCCAUGGUAGAACUCCAAGAGAAAUGUCCAGACCAGCAACUACUUCUAGAAAUGGUUUCAUGGAAGCUCAAGGUUCUGGUAUCCAAGUUAUCAUGGGUGCUGAUUUAGCCAUCAAGAUGGGUGUUCCAAUUUAUGCUGUCUUAGCUAUGACGGCUACUGCAACCGAUAAGAUUGGUAGAUCCAUUCCAGCUCCAGGGAAGGGUAUUUUAACCACUGCAAGAGAACAUCACGGUGACUUGAAGUAUCCAUCUCCAUUGUUAAACAUCAAGUACAGAUCUAGACAAUUACAAAAGAGAUUACAACAAGUCAAGGCUUGGGAAGAGGGUGAAUUAGAAUACUUGAACGAGGAAUUGGACUUAGCUAAGGAUGAAUUUGAAGAUUUCUCUCCAAAGGAUUUCCUUAGAGAAAGAACCGAAGAAAUUCACCGUGAAGUUAAACGUCAAGUUAGUGACGCUAAGAGACAAUGGGGUAACGAAUUCUACAAGAAUGAUCCAAGAAUUGCUCCAAUCAGAGGUGCCUUGGCUACUUUCAACUUGACCAUUGACGAUUUGGGAGUUGCUUCAUUCCACGGUACUUCUACCAUGGCAAACGAUAAGAAUGAGUCUGCUACUAUCAAUCAAAUGAUGAAGCACUUAGGUAGAACUGAGGGUAACCCAGUUUUCGGUGUUUUCCAAAAGUACUUAACUGGUCAUCCAAAGGGUGCUGCAGGUGCUUGGAUGAUGAACGGUGCUAUUCAAAUCUUAGGAAGUGGUAUCGUUCCAGGUAACAGAAAUGCUGACAAUGUUGAUCAACAAUUGAAGGAAUACGAAUACGUCUUGUACCCAUCAAGAUCUAUUCAAACUGAUGGUAUUAAGGCUGUUUCCGUCACCUCAUUCGGUUUUGGUCAAAAGGGUGCUCAAGCUAUUGCAGUUCAUCCAGACUACUUGUAUGCGGUCUUAGACAAAUCAACUUACGAAGACUAUGCUGUUAGAGUCGGUGCCAGAAACAAGAAGGCUUACCGUUACAUGCACAAUGCUAUCACUAGAAACACUAUGUUUGUCGCUAAGGAACAUGCACCAUACAGUGAUGAGUUGGAACAACCUGUAUACUUGGACCCAUUGGCCAGAGUUGAAGUUGGUAAGGAUGAAUUGACUUUCACCAAGAAGAACAUUCAAGGUGGAAAGAAUAAUGCUUACGUUGGUGAAAUUGCCGAUGCUACUGCAAAGGCCUUAUCUUCAUUGAACAAGACUUCCAAGGGUGUAGGUGUGGACGUUGAAUUACUUUCAGCUCUUAACGUUUCAAACGAAACCUUUAUUGAAAGAAACUUCACCAAGGGUGAGAUUGCUUACUGCUCUAAGACUGCCAACCCACAGGCAUCCUUCACUGGAACCUGGUCAGCCAAGGAAGCUGUUUUCAAAGCAUUGGGAGUCAAAUCCCAAGGUGCUGGUGCUUCGUUGAUUGACAUUGAAAUUGUCAGAAAUGCCAAUGGUGCACCAACUGUUGAAUUGCAAGGCUCAGCCGCAAAGGCUGCAACUGCUGCAGGAGUAAAGGGUGUCAGCGUUUCAAUCUCGCACGAUGAUUUCCAAGCUACUGCCGUAGCCUUGAGUGAAUUUUAA